UAAGAUGUGUAAACAAACUUUGAUUUUAUCAAGUUCAUUCGGCUGCUGCUUAUCUUCAAACACAGCCUUCACCAACUGAUAGGUAACUUAAAUGAACUCUUAUCGCAGAAGAUGACAUCUACCUACAUAAAGAAAUUUCCUGAAAUAGGUUAAGCCAAAACGCCUCUCAAAAAAGGGGGACGAGCGCACCUAACUUAUAUUAUUUUGUGACGAAAUCCGUAUCAUUUUUUAACAAAAAUGGUAUUCUCAAUAUUUUUUAUAAUCGGAAUGUGAAACUGUAGCGCCCCUUUUGGUUGCACCUCAUUUAGAUGGAUUAGAUGGAUAUUAUCUUCCUCACACGCUCAGUGCUCUUCGUCACUAGAUAGAAUGGCGUCUACUGAUAUGCUAUCCUUUAUUGCUAUAGUGACUGUAGUCUGCAACUGGAGAAAGAUAAGAGAACAUAUAAAACCACUGAUUCUCUUAAUGAAGUUACUAUUCGUAUGCCUUUUGGGCAUCGGAGAUGGAGCACGAAUUUUGGCACCAUUCUUUCUGCCUGUAAAGAGCCACUUUAUGAUGACGGAUGCCAUUAUAAGGGAAUUGGUGAAGCGCGGACAUGAGGUCACCUUCAUCACACCGCUAUCAUUGGCCAAGGAAAACUUGGGGCCGAACUACAGGGAAAUACUUUUGCCCAAGUACGAUACCUGGGCCGACAUAUCUGCGAUGAUGAAAACAAAAUCGGCACUGGACAUGAUUGACAUGUCAAAGCUAACACACAUGCGACUGGCCCAACACAUUGGCAUCAAGUCAACGGACUUUGCUCUGGCCCAUCCCGAAGUUCAGGAGUUGAUCUACGCCAAGGAUAAGAAGGGGAAAUUCGAUCUGCUCCUUGUGGAACAGUUCCACAAUGAGGGAGCUCUAAUGUUGGGUUAUAUUUACGAAAUACCUGCAAUUACCAUAGCUACCUUCGCAUACGCAAACUAUUUCAGUCAAGUCUUCGGCUUUGUGAAUCCACUGUCCUACGUUCCCAAUGUUUUUUUGUCCUGUACGGAUAGAAUGUCCUUGUGGGAGCGAUUGGAAAAUGUAGUGAUUAGCACGGCUGAGGAUGUUGUCCGGGAAGUGUCCUACUAUCCGCAACAGGAUGCCGUCAUCAGGAAGCAUUUUAGUAGCUUACUGCCUCGGGUGCCGACGGUCAAGCAAUUGGAACAGAACAUCUCGGUUAUUCUUUUGAAUAGCUACAUGCCGCUGACUUCGCCAAGACCCAUGACCCAGAAUAUGAUUUCGGUGGGUGGACUGCACAUCCUGCCACCCAAGCCCCUACCAGAACAUAUUAAAAACUAUCUGGAUAACGCUGAGCACGGUGCAAUUUACUUUAGUUUGGGAUCUCAAGUGCGCAGUGCUGACAUGCCAACGGAAAAGCUUCAAAUUUUCCUUGAAGUUUUCGCCAGCUUGAAGCAAAGGGUCCUCUGGAAAUUCGAGGAUGAUCAGCUGCCCAAUCUUCCGGACAACGUUAAGGUCGAAAAGUGGUUACCGCAGGCUGACAUAUUGACACAUCCGAAUGUGAAGGUUUUCAUCGCCCAUGGAGGACUGUUUGGAAUGCAGGAGGCAGUUUACCAUGCGGUCCCGGUGCUCGGAAUGCCAUUCUACUUCGAUCAGGAUAUAAACAUAAAGGCGGGCCAAGCAGCAGGAUAUGCCAUUGGCUUGGACUAUCGCACCAUUUCGAAAGAUCAGCUGAAGUCUGCGCUUCAUGCGCUGUUGACAGAUCCCAAAUAUCGAGCCAAUAUGAUGAAAGCAUCGCGAAUUUUCCGGGAUCGUCCACUCGGCGCUAUGGACACCGCGAUGUACUGGAUUAAUUAUGUCGUAGAACAUCGGGGGGCGCCACAUUUGGUGGCAGCAGGAGUACAUCUGCCCUGGUACCAGUUCUAUCUUCUGGAUGUCUCAGCAAUUAUACUGGCUAUUAGUCUAUUACCAAUUUUGACCUUGUAUGCUCUAAGUCGAAAUAUUAAAUCUUUUAGAGGAAUUCGAGCUCUGAAGAAAGAGGCAAAAACUGAAUGAAAACUACAUAUGGGUUGAGUGCUAUAUAAAACCAAAUUUUAUCUUAGAAACUUAUGUUAUGCAUAGAUCAACGAUUAAGAAGACCAAAUAGUGUUCGCAUGAAAGGUAAAAAAUUGAUAAAGAAUAAAGCCCAAAUAAUGAUGUAUAUCGAAAAUUUCAAACAAAAAUCAACACCAUAUGGAGAUUUCUAUAAAGUUCUUUAUAAAUACUUGAUCUGCACUUUGUUCUUUUUACAUAUUUUUGCAAUUAUAGCCGAACACUUAAGCCGUGGCACUUGAGCUUCUACUUAAGUAUUUAAUGAAUCCAAAUUGGUUGGUUCUACUUAAGGCGCCUGAGUGCCGAGCCAAGUGUUCUUCACGAAUUAAGCAAAAAUGCAAAAGCCAACCGAACAAAUCAAUAAAGUCCACUCACCGUA